GAAGACAAUCCUUCUUCAUGGGUCUGCCUAUCUCUUAAUGAGGGCGUGUCUACUGAGUCUGGACCUUGUCAAACAGAUGCAGUCAGCACACAAAGGCAGAGUCCAUUUGGUGAUCGCCCUGACAUGAGUGAUUUUAGGAUUAUUCUUCUGGGGAAGAGUGCAUCAGAAAACAACAGAGUGAGAAACUUCAUCCUAAAAAGAUCAGCGUUUGAGAAUGAAGAUCCUCCAGAUGAUGUUAAGCAGCACAGUGAGAGAGUCAGAGGAAAACUGGAGGACAAACACAUCACAGUCAUUAAUAAUCCGCACCUGCUUCAGUUAAACCUCACAGAUCAUCAGAUCAGUCAUGAAGUGAAAGAGUGUGUGUUUCUGUCUGCUCCUGGACCUCAUGUCAUCAUCCUCAUCCUACAACAUCAUGACUUCAGUGAAGAGGACAGAAACAGAGUCAAUAAAGUCCUGGAGAAAUUCAGUGAACAAGCGAGUAAACGCACCAUAGUGCUAACAGAUGAAGAGAGAGAGAGUGAGGAAGAGAGAUGUGACUCUAUUCAUCAGUUAAUACAGGAAUGUGGAGGUGGACAUCUUCAGUUUGAUGAAAAAAAAUCAGAAUGGCACUCUGAGUUAUUUCAAAGGAUUAGGAAAAUACUUGAGAAUGAAGAGGAUUCAUUUAUUAUCUGUGACUUGUAUGAGGCAUCAGUGAAUAAAGGAAGAUUAGUGGACGAAAGAAUGUCAGUGGACGAAAAAACGUCAGUGGACGAAAAAACGUCAGUGGAGGAAAAAACGUCAGUGGAGGAAAAAACGUCAGUGGAGGAAAAAAUGUCAGUGGAGGAAAAAACGUCAGUGGAGGAAAAAACGUCAGUGGAUGAAAGAACGUCAGUGGACGAAAAAACGUCAGUGGACGAAAAAACGUCAGUGGACGAAAAAACGUCAGUGGACGAAAAACCGUCAGUGGACGAAAAAACGUCAGUGGAGGAAAGAACGUCAGUGGAUGAAAGAACGUCAGUGGACGAAAAAAUGUCAGUGGACGAAAAAACUUCAGUGGACAAAAAACUGUCAGUGGAGGAAAGAACGUCAGUGGAGGAAAGAACUUCAGUGGAGGAAAAAACGUCAGUGGACGAAAAAAAGUCAGUGGAGGAAAGAACGUCAGUAGAGAAAAGAACGUCAGUGGAGGAAAGAACGUCAGUGGACGAAGGAACGUCAGAAAUUGUUGUUCAAAGGAACAUCUUGGAUGUUAGAGAUGGUUCAGAUGAUGUGAGGAUUGUCCUGCUGGGAAAAACUGGAGCUGGGAAGAGUGCGACAGGAAACACAAUCUUAGGGAGAAAAGCAUUUAAAUCAGCCACAUCACCAGAGUCCAUUACUAAAGAGUGUCAGAGAGAAACAGCUGAAGUAAACAGCAGACAAAUCACUGUGAUUGAUACUCCAGGACUAUUUGAUACUGAACUGAGUCAUGAAGAAAUUCAGAGAGAAAUUACCAACUGUAUCUCAAUGACACUGCCAGGACCUCAUGUGUUUAUUAUUGUACUGAGUUUAGCUCAACGCUUUACAAAAGAAGAGGAAGAAUCAGUGAAGAUCAUUCAAGACACUUUUGGUAAAAACUUUCUGACAUACACUAUAGUGCUCUUCACUAGACGAGAGGAGCUUAAAGAUGAAACCAUUGAAAAGUUUUUGGAAAACUCAAAAUCUCCUUUAAUGAAUCUAAUUGAACAGUGUGGAAACAGAUAUCAUGUGUUUAAUAAUAAUGAGACUGAAGAUCCCACACAAGUUUCUGCUUUACUGGAGAAAAUAGACGACAUGGUGACAGCAAAUGGAGGGAGUUAUUACUCAUCUAAAAUAUUCAGAGAGAUGGAGCGAGAAAAACAUGAACAACAAAUAAAGGGACUGGAGGACACAAUAGAACAACUGAGCAGAGAGAAAGAAGAGGAGAUAAAGAGAGUGAAGGUGAUGAUGGAGGAAGAAAAACAAAAACACGAGCAAGAGAGACAGAAAAGAGAUGAUGAAUUUACAGAGACAGAAGAUAGAUAUAAAAAAGAAAUGAAGGAGCAAGAAAAACAGCUGCGAGAUGAAAUGAGAAGAGAACGAGAGACAUUAAACAAUGAAAUGAAGGAAAUUAAGAAAGAAAACAAAGAUCUGCAAAACAAAUAUAUGACACAAGUAAACAAUUUGAAUAGUACAAGAGAAAAUGAACGACAGAAUCAUGAAAGAGAGAGACAGAGAAGAGAAGAUGAGUUUAGGGAGACAGAAGAAAGAUAUAAAAGAGAAAUGAUGGAGCAAGAAAAACAGCUGCGAGACGAGAUGAGAAGAGAAAGAAAUACAUUAAAAAAUGAAAUUGAGGAAAUAAAGAAAGAAAAUAAAGAUCUCCAGAUCAAAUAUACAACACAAAUAGACAAAUUGAUGAAUACAAUAGAGACUGAACGACAGAAUCAUGAAAUAGAGAGAAAGAGAAGAGAAGAUGAGUUUAGAGAGACAGAAGAAAGAUAUAAAAGAGAAAUGAUGGAACAAAAGAGACAGAUGGAAGAUGAGAUGAGAAGAGAAAGAGAGACAUUAAAAAUCGAAAUUGAGGAAAUAAAAAAAGAAAAGAAAGAUCUCCAGAUAACAUAUGACAAACAACUCAUGAAUACACGAGAGAAUGAACGACAGAAUCAUGAGAGAGAGAGAAAGAGAAGAGAAGAUGAGUUUAGGGAGAAAGAAGAAAGAUAUAAAAGUGAAAUAAAGAAGCAAAAAACACAAAUGGAAGAUGAGAUGAGAAGAGACCGGGAAAGAUAUGAGAGAGAAAAACAAGAUGAAAAACUGAAAAAAGAAGAAGAAGAUCAGAAAAGAAAAGAUAAAGAAGAAAUGUUGUUGGACCAGUAUGAAAAAAGAGAAAAAGAAAGGACCGAAAGAGAAAGAGAAGAACAUCAGUUAACUGUUAGUAAAUAUAGCACAGAGAUAGAGAGGAUGAAGAAGAUGGUGGAGGAAGAAAGACAGAAACAUGAAGUUAAGAAGAAAAACAGAGAAGAAAAAUACAGAGAAAAGAUGCAAGGUGAUGAAAGGAGGAGAGAGGAAGAAAAACAAAACUGGAGUGAAAAACAGAAGAUGCUUGAAGAAAAACUCCAGAAUGAGAAACAUCUGAGAGAAGAAGAAAGAAAGAUUUAUGAAAAUAAAAUUCAACUGAUUGAACAACAGUUUCAAGAUAAACUCCUGAGAGUAAAAUCAGAGGAGUAUGAAGAAGACAGAAGAAGAGAAAUAGAGAGAAUUACAAUCUGCUGCUCUCAAACAGACUCAAGUCAUCUGAUAGUUGAACCAAAGAUCAGCAAACAGCUUGAAAAACUCUUCAGUAGAUUAAAUGUAACAAACAGACAUCAAGAUAAACUGAGAACAGAAGAUUUUCUUAAAAUCACAAAGUCUUCAUUUCAGUCUCAGGAGCCACAGAAAGAAACUGAACUUGUAAACUCAUUCCUACAUAAACUGUUGAACAUGAACUACAGAGCAAGAGAAACUCACAUAAAACACAGAGAAGAUCAACAAACACCUGCAAACUACAACCCUGAAGUUGACUUUAAUAUUCAUGUGAUGGAUGUUCAGAUGGCUGUGUUUCAUUGUGCUGAGAGUUUCCUAAAGCAGCUGAUGGUCACUAAACUCUCACAGUGUCAGUUUGCUCUUCCUCUGCUUGUUCCUCAUCCAUUCACACAACAGAUUGAGUUUCCUCUCUGGACAUUCAGACAAAUCAACAAGAGCUGGAAGAUGAGAAAUAAUGACAACGAGAUCAUCAGUAAAGUCCAGCCUGUGUACAAAGCAGAAACUCCAAUGGUGUCGUUCUUCAGGUUUGGCUCUUUGUCUUCAUCAAAGUCUCAGCUGAUAAACAGUUUGAUCAAUGAGAAACACAACACGUUCUUCCACAGAAACUGCUCAGGAAGCAGCAGAACCAGACUACUGAUGGAUGGAGUGGUGGAGAUCGCCUGGUACUGUCCAUCUGGAAAAAACACAGAUAAAUUUACUGACUGUGUUGCCUUCUGUAAUCUUCAUGGUGAUGCAGGAGACAAUGAGAAACAAUAUGAGAUUUUAACCAGUAUGUCUUCAGUCAAUGUCCUCUUCUUAUCUGAUUUUGGACAGAAGAACCAGUAUAAGAGUUUGGUGAGGUCACUCUUCAGAUCUUCUCAGCCUCUUAUUUGUCUGCUCACAGACAAUGACUCUGAAAAAACUAAACUGACAGAUGGAAAAUUCAUCUUUGGUCUUUUGAACAAAAGUCAAUCUGAUCUAUCUAAUGAGAUAAGAGAGACAAUCAGAUUAAGUCUGAAACAGCACAAGAAGACUUUUAAACUGGAAGAUGUGGCCAAACACACAGGAAUUCAAGUAGAUGAGAAUAAUGAAGAGUGUCAAAGAGGAAAAGAGGCGGCGCUUCAGAUGAUGAGAUUACUGAAUGAUGAAGAUCCAUCAACAGUUAAAGAAACAAAUUUGCCCCGUCAGGGAACACUGUGGCACAACUGGUGUAAAAUAAACAAAGAGCUUCAUCAUCUAAGAGGAGAAAAUCUAGAAGAAGAUAAAAGCACGAAACUGAAACUGAUGAGAGAAAUAAGAGAAAAUCAAAUGUCACAAGGAUCGAGUGAGUUUAUUAAAAUACUUUUUGAAGCACUGCGAUCACUUAAAAUCAGUGACAAAAAGUAUUUUCUGACAUUCAUAAUAAAUCUGUUGGAUGACUUUACUUCUAAAAAGCUUUGUGAACUUCGCAAGAAGUAUGAUGUGACAUGGAAUAAAGUUUCUGCUUUGCAAAAAAUGCAAGAAAAACAAGACCAACUGCAGAUUAAACAAACAGAGCUUGAAAAAAUAUCAGAACAAAUCAAUAAAACAAUGUUUGGUUUGGAUGACAUUGUGAGAGAGGUUGGUCAGAUCUAUGAAUCAUGGUCAUCUGUGAAGAUAAACAAUUUCUCUGAUCUCCCGAGUCUUGCAGCAGAGAUGAUGAUCUCUGGAUUUCCACUGGAGCUGAUGGAUGGAGAUGCUGCUCAUGUUCCUCUCAUCUGGAUUAAAGCUGUUUUAGAUCAAAUCAUCCAGAAUCUGGGAGAUCAAAGAGUUUUUGUGCUGUCAGUUUUAGGGAUUCAGAGCUCUGGUAAAUCCACUUUACUCAAUGCCAUGUUUGGUCUUCAGUUUUCUGUCAGUGCUGGUCGAUGCACCAGAGGAGCUUUCAUGCAGCUGAUCAGAGUAUCGGAGGAGAUGAAACAACAGCUAAAGUUUGAUUAUAUUCUGGUUGUUGAUACUGAGGGUCUUCGUGCACCAGAACUGGAAGGUGGAAGAUCUACAAGAAAUCAUGAUAAUGAAUUGGCCACAUUUGUUGUUGGUCUUGGAAAUCUGACAUUGAUUAACAUCUUUGGAGAAAACCCAUCUGAGAUGCAGGAAAUUCUCCAGAUUGUUGUCCAGGCCUUCAUGAGGAUGAAAACAGUCAGACUGAAUCCCAGCUGUAUGUUUGUACAUCAGAACGUUUCAGAAGUCACAGCUGGAGAGAAAAACAUGGAGGGACGAAGACGACUGCAGGAGACACUGGAUGAGAUGACUAAACUCGCUGCUAAAGUAGAAGUCAGCAAUGCAGAAUAUUUUAGUAAUGUCAUUGCAUUUGAUGUACAGAAAGAUGUGAAAUAUUUUGCUCAGCUGUGGGAGGGAAGCCCACCAAUGGCGCCACCAAACCCAAACUACUGUGAGAAUGUUCUGGAUUUGAAAAAAUCUAUUUUAACACAUGCUUCAAAAUCAGAUGGUAUAAUGCUGACAGACCUAAAAGGACGUAUUGAAGAUCUCUGGGAGGCUUUGCUGAAUGAACAGUUUGUGUUCAGCUUCAAAAAUACUUUGGAAAUCGCAACUUACAGGAGAAUAGAGACAGAAUACAGCAAGUGGAGCUGGAACCUUCGAAGUGCCAUGCUGGAAAUUGAAAACAAACUACACAACAGAAUAGAAAAUGAAGCAGUUUGUGAAGUUAUGGAAACUGAUCUUCAAAGAGAACUUCAUGAAAAAAGUGAAGAAGUGAAAAAGUCAAUGUCUGAAUUCUUUGAGAAAGACAGAGAUACUGAAGUACUGAAUCAGUGGAAAACUUCAUUUGAAAUAAAAAUCAAAGAGCUUCAGGAAAACAUUGUGAGGGAGACCAAGAAGAAAUUAAAUCAGGUUCUUCAGCAGCGAGAGAUGAAGGAAAAGAUUGAUGCUCAGAGGACACAACAUGAAAACCGUCUUUUUGAAAAAAGCAAAGAACUUGCCAUGAAACUAAAAGACAAAGCAAAUGAUGAAAAUAUCAUGAAAAAAGACUUUGAUUCCUUUUGGAAAGAGCAGAUGGAAAAAAUCAUCAAAAACACUCCUACAGUUAAAAAUAUCAACAUAUUGAAAGAUGUGACAGAUCUCCUGAGAAGCACCUAUGAAAGUCUCCCUGUAGACUAUAAGAAAGUCAGCAGUGAGUACAUUAAUAUGUUCUCUGUGCCAAGCUAUUCAGAAUAUGUACAGUUAAAGAAAUCCACUGGAGCUAUGGGACCUUUAAAAAAUGCCUGCAAAGAAGUUAAAGAGAGAUUUGGCUAUGCAUUUACUUUAUCUAUAGAGGAUGAAAUUCAAAUAAGAUUUGUAAUAAUUGAAACUGCCAAUGACACAGAUAAAAUGAUUCAGUCAUAUAACAUUGCCAAGAUGGGCUACAACAUCACCUACAUUCAAGAUCUCAUGGAUUAUAUAAAGACAAAAAUAACAGAUCAUGAAAGAAAGCCAAAAGUUAAAUAUGUGUUCAAGAGAGAAUUCUUCAGGGAUUUGGUAGUUUGGAUUUGUCAGAGAGCAAACAAGACAUUUACCGAUCAACACAGAUUAUUCAGAGAAGCAAAUGAUCCUGUUCUGUAUUCUGAAAGGAAGAAAGAAGAGUAUUACAAGAUUUUCCAGAAAUACUGUCAAGGAGCAACAUCAGCUGCCAUUACUGCUGAAUUUAUUUGUAUUAAAGUUAAAGAAACCAUUGAGCAGAAUGUCUACAAGAAAACUGCUAGAGAUUUAGCAGAUGAAAUGAAGACAAACUGUGAAUCACUGAAUGGAAACAGAUCAAAUCUGGAGAAACACAUCCUGAAGAGGCUUGCAAAUGAAGAGGAUUUUACAGCCUACGUGACCUACAUUAAUAAUCCCAGAGAUCACUUUAAAGAUUUCAUCAGAGAUGAAGUCAGUCAGUACAUCAUUGAAAGAUUUCAUGAUAGUGUUCAACCUAAGAUGGAGAAAAACAUUACACAAUUGCAGAAGAAGAUCAUAAAUGCAGCACAAGAGUCCACCAAACACAUUCAAGAGAUCAAUGGAGAUGUUCAUUCAUGGUUGACUCAUUUCACACAUCUGCUGUCUGAUGUUCUGGUUUUCUCUGUAAGUGAUCUCACUGGAGUGAAAAUUGGUGAUGUUGAUACCACUGUCCUAGAAGAUGUGAUAAUAAAAGAGAUUCCUUAUAUAAUGUCUUACAUCCGCUGUAGAUUCACUAAAGAAACAUUUCCAGUGAAGCUGAACAACAGAGACAGACCAGAUGAGAUUCUGAUUGAUCAUUUCUGUCAGUUCUGUUGGGUUCAGUGUCCUUUCUGUGCUGCCAUCUGUACCAACACCCUAGAAAACCAUAAUGAAGAUCACAGUGUCCCUUUCCAUCGUAAUAUUGGGUUAAAUGGGUGGCAUCACAGAGGAACAACAAACCUCUCUAUCAACAUCUGUACAUCAGCAGUAGCCAGUGAUCAAUCAUUUUAUCCAGAUGCAUCAGAUGUUAAGUGCCUGUGGAAGGAAUACAGAAAAGGAGGUCCUAAAUAUGCUAAGUGGAGCAUCACCCCUGAUCUCUCUGAGCUGCCCUACUGGAAAUGGUUUGUGUGCAAAUUUCAGAAGAAUCUGGAAGAGUACUACAAGAAAACCUAUGAGGGGAGCGGCAAAAUUCCAGAUGAAUGGAGAAAAUACUCUAAAGAGGAAGCCAUUGAGGGUUUAGAUAAAUACAUAUAAUGGAGUACACACAUACUUAAUAUGAUACACAAGACUAUUUUAGAUAAGUUUCAGCACUGUCCGAAAAAAUGGUCAAACAAUGGUCCUUUCUGUGACUGGGGUGAAAUCCUUUCAAAAACUACAACCUUGCACCUAAAGAGUUCAAACAGAGGUACAUAUUGGUACCAAAGAAAAAACAAAUUGGUACUAAAAAUUAAGGUGCUAUAUAGCACUAAAAGUGAUUCACUGGCUCGUAAUCAUAGGGGAACCAUUUUAUGUGCUAUAUAGCACCUAUGUAGAACCAUUUUGUGCUACAUAGAACUAUAUCUGGUGCUAGUGGUACUAUAUCACCACCGGAUGGUUCUUCAUAGGUGCUAUAUAGAUGGUUUAAAUGAAAGCAUGUGCGUUAACGCGAUACGCAUCUGGCCUGAACUUUACUUCCGGUUUCAGUUUUUUUAAUGGUCUGACUAGUUACUAAACUUAACUCUUGAACAAAUACCUUGUCGAAAAUAACAAAUGUUUUGGUUUCCUAGUGUAAUCUAUGUGUUGUUUUUUUUUUGCUUGUUGUAUACAGUGGCUGAAUGCAAAAUCGCAUACCUACUGAGUAGGUACUGAAUUUCACUGAGUACCUACUUAACGAGUGCUAAGACAGUACCUACAUUCGCGUUAGUAUGGACAGCAUCCUCCAUGUUUACGUUAUCAUGUGACCUAUGACGUAUUAGACCACAGGAACCGACAGGAGGAUGACAUCACAAUACCGCAAGAGCGACUCGAAACCAGGCUUCUCCACAUGAUUUCUGAAAUCACUCUCACGGUACUUUGAUGUCAUCUGCCUGUUGAUUCUUGCAGCUUUGCAUGAACUCGAACAAACCUAAUAACAGGCAUGAAAACGUAUGCGUGUGUAUAAGGGACAGGUGCACUAACACCUGAUUGCAUCAGUAACUUGACAACUCUACUACGGUCUCUGUUAGUGUUACAGAUAUUAUAUUACACAGUAUUUUUAAGUGGACAAAAAUAAGUAAAACAAGCAGCCUGUAAUUUAAUAUGAAUUGUCAGAUGACAAGUGAUUAUAUAAACUUUAGUGAAGCAAUGAUGCUCUUUUAUUUACUUAAAACAACAGGAAACAUAAAUAAAAAAUGAAUAAACAAUAAAUGAAAACGUAAAGAAGUGAAUACCAUAUGAAACAAAACUUUAUUCAAAUGUAUUUUUCUAACAAACCAUCACAUAUUUACUGCCAUCUCAACACAGCUGUGACAAUUCUGCAGCUUUAUUUUCAAAAAUCAGCUGAGCACUUUGUGGUAUAUCCUGGGUCUGUGCGUGAAGUCAGGGUGCUGGAACAGCCCUGUGUGUGUAUGGAAAUCACCCGAUUGGCUGGUCUCCGGUCGAUUGCUUUGCUUUCCCGUGGCAUUAUGGGAAAGCUGGUAUAGAAGUGUCCAUCCGAUGCAUGCUUCCAAAUUUGGACGGACUCAGUAGGGUAUCCGGGGAUUUUUCGCCUACUGAUUUAAUGAAUACUGAGGAUUCUGACAUUACAGAUCUGUUCACGUACUAUAUUUUAGGAAAGUAUGCUGUUUCGGACGAUACUUAAUAGGGGUGUCACGAUUCUCAAAAUCCUCGAUUCGAUUACAUUUUCGAUUCCAAGGUCACGAUUCUAUCCGAUUCUCGAUUUUAACAUUUUUUUUUUGAAGACAAAAAUGAUAUGCCAUUAUUUAUUAUUAUUAUUAUAGUUUAACAUUAACAUGCACAUUGCACAACUCGCAUGGGGGCUUGUGGGCUUCACUUAACGCGAGAGCUUGUAGAGAGAGGAUUCCUUCUUGCACGCACAUGGACUUAAUGCACAUGGACAUAAUGCGCGUGUCUUGGACUCAUAGCAUCUGAAAUAAAUCCAGCAUCAUACGCAGCUGCGCUUCUCUCUGUCUCACGUGCACGCGCUCGUGCUCUCGCAUCUGUCCAAAGUCUAAACAUUAACUAAAGUAGUAAUCCUUAUGUAUUUGUUCAGUUUUAUGAGUUUCAUGCGAGCUGAGGCCAACUAUCCCUCUUGUUUCAAAUAUAAUCCGCUGCAUCUUUGCGCCUCUCUUACUCUCGCGCACGUGCAGAGAGCUGCGCUCUCUCUCCAAAGGCAGAUCACUAGGUAGUAAUCCUGUUUAUGAUAUGCAUUUCAAGGAGUUGUAGCAUCCCUCGUGUUUAAAAUAUGAUCGCGUUCCGCUGGACAGAUGUUUUUAAAGGCAUCUCUGAGAGUUUUUUUCCCUCUCUUGGCAAGCCGACCGGACCUGACAUGGGGGCGUGGCAGCAUCGACGAUCCCAUUUUUUCAUUCGAAGUUCGAAGCUGUGACUUAAUUUCGAUCGAUUUCGAUUUAAAAUCGAAAUCGUGACACCCUUAAUACUUAAGUACAUGUGCCUCUGAAUCUUGCGAGAAAUAGUUCAAAAUCCCAGUAAUUCGUGCCUACACUUUUACAUAUACUGAGGUUUCAGACAUACUAUUCGUUCGCCUACUGCUUUUUGCCUACUAUAUAGUAUGGCAGUAUGCGGUUUCGGUUUCAGCCUAUGUUUAAAGUACUUUGUUGUUAUUUAUUCUUAGCGGAGUUUACUGGAAGUUACGUGUUGACCAUGAAAGCCGCUUGUUUAUGUUGUUACUGCUGAAACCGUCUAUAGCAAUAAAAACGGUUCCCCUAUAGCCCUUUUCACACAGACAUUCCUGAAAAUACACGGAAAAUGCAUCCUGGAUUUUUCCAGGAUCGUUACAUUUUUUGUUACAUUCACACUGCCAUGAUUAGCCAGCAUCUGCAAGGUCCCGGAAAGACACAUGACCUGUUUAAAGUCCUUCUCUAUCUUCUACGCAGCGUCUGAAGUUUGCACAUUAUUUAUUAUUUCUCUCUCCAGAAACCACUCGCAUGCAUUUUUGUUUAUGAUAAGACCAUAAAGUAGCACGUGAAUGCACAGUUCUAUGCUGGUGAAUGAUCUCCAGUUCAGAAUGGAUAUUUGAAAGCUCCCGGAUCUCUGCUUUAAUCCAGCUUUCAGACAUUUCUCAUCGUGAUUGUUUAUAUGCAUUUAAAACCCGCAUUUUGAGGAGCUGAACAAUAUAUCUUUUUGGGAUGACGCGCUGGCAUUUUCGUUUAUUAUAAGCUCAUAUGAGCAUGUGACGCGAUAUUAUUUUAUGCUGCUGAAUGAUCUCCGCUUCUGUAAGUAAUGAGCUAACUUACCUGAUAUCAGCUUCAGUCCAGUUUGCUGACAUUUCUCGUCAUGAAUGUUGUAAAUCCCUCAUUUUAAAGAGUUGAACCAUAACUUCAUGUCGCCAUGACACGCGUGUCCUCACUACGGCACGUGCGUCAUUGUUUAUGCGUCUCAUUUAUAAUUUCCUAAUAACUGCUUCAAUCUAGUUUGCAACAUUUCUCGUGGUGAAUGUUUAUAUGCAUGCUUUCUCUCGUUUUAAGGAGUUGAACCAUAACUUUUGUUGUGAUGAUGUGCACGUCCUCACUACGACACGCCCAUUACGGCAUUGUUUCGGCUUCUUGUUCACACAGAGGGUUAUCUAGGUCCUCUUUCCGGCAACGAUCCCAGAAGAUAUACGGGUUGGUUUGUGUUCACACAGACGCUUGUCUGGCAAUUUUAUGGGUAUUUUCUGGGACCAAAGGUCUGUGUGAAUGGGGUUUAUGAUUACGAGUUUUUAGUGCUUUUUAGCACUAAUUUUUUUAGAGUGUACCUCAAAGUAACAUAUUGAAAGCAGAUGUAUAGAUAUCUGUACCUAAAAUGGUAAAUAUUAGAGACCUUAUUAAAGUGACAGCUUUGGACCAUUUUUUUCAUACAGUUUGUUACACACUUUUGUAAAGCCUGCAAAAACACACAGAAAAGAUUGAAAUGUGUAAAGAUAAUAUGCAAUGAAAAUCUUUGUUGUAACAAAAGUAAAUGAUACACUUAUAAACAGAAGGUGUUCGAUAAGUAAUUCAGAGUACAGCAUAAUGAACAGAAUUUUAAAAAUGUCUGCAAAUUAUUUUCAAAGGAAAAACUGUAAUACCAGAUUCACAUAAGUAUCCCAGACCCUUUACAACAACACUUGAAAUUUAGCUUAGGUGCCUCCAGUUUCUCUUAAUCUUAAGAGGUGACCAAGAACCCAAUAGUCACUCUAAGACUAAGCUCCAGAGAUCCUGUGUGGAAAUGGGUCAAAGUUUCAGAAGGACCAUCAUCACUGCAACACUCCUCAACACACAGAAGCCAGAUUGGAAAAAUGCCUGAGAGUCUCUAUGCAGGCUUUUGUGUGUUUGCACAGAGAAAAGACUUCUGUCCAGCCACCCUGCCCUAAAGCACAGAUCAGUGGAGGACUGUAGUGAUGGUUGUGCAUUCUGAAACCAUUUCAAGAAAUGGUUUUGGCCAGUGCUACUAAAUAAAAAGUAGGCCUAAUGUUUCCAUGACCUCUUUAAACAACAAUGGUGGUACAGAAACAAUCGUCUCGAAAAGUUAUGAAAAAGCCAUUUUUAAACACUUGUUCAUCUUUGUGGACAAUGGGGAAUGUAAGGCAGGUUGGACAGUGACUACAGAUUCAGACAUUUUGGCUUCAGGUGCUUUGUUACAAAAUCCUCUCAGCCAGCUGAAUUGGUUGAUCUUACAAAUGUAUGUGAAUUAGCAAUCAAUCAGAAGUCGUUGACAGAUUAUGGUGCACUUAAGUUUAACAUGAAAGUUAACUUCAACUAUGUUUACUUUGUAUUUGUUUUGUUUUGAAUGCAUGAAGCAUUUCUAACAAUGUAGUGUCAGGAGUGUUUAUCAUCUAGUUACAUGACACUGAACUUGUUGAUUUGCUUUGUCAAAUCCAUACCUGUUGUAGCCAACGAUCAAUUUAUGACAUAUUAACUCCUUUAUCUGAUGCUGGUACGCGGAAUGAUGGGGCAGACCUGUCUAUUUUAAAAGACAUGUAAAAGAGAAAAGUGUGGCCUGAUCGACCAAGCUUUUUAAAGAAGUGUUUUAGAAAUGAUUAUGAGAGUUUGCUUGCUUUCUAAUUAAUAUUAAACUCAUUUACCAAGUUAUAAUAAUCUGUUAUAAAGGGCACAUAUGAUGAAAAUCUGACUUUAUCCAUGUUUAAGUGCUAUUAUUGGGUCCCAAGUGCUUCCAUCAACCUAGAAAAUGUGAAAAAGAUCAACCCAGUAACUUAGUUUUGGUAAACCAUUCUCUGCAAGUGUUUGAAAGAAUAGCUCAUUAAGAUUUGGCUCCUCUUGUGAUGUCAGAAGGGGUUAAUAACGCCUCUUAAAGAAAAUUAUUGACAGCACAAUUUUAAAAUUGUUGUAACAUCCAUAUGGUAUUUUGAGCUUAAACUUCACAUAAGCACUCUGGGGCCACCAAAGAUUUAUUUGACAUCUUAAAAAAGUCUUGUGAAAUGUCUCUUUAAAAGGUUUUCAUGUGUGUGUCUGUGUGAGAAGAUAAAAUCUUAUAUGUUUGUGUUACAUUUGAUUUCUUCUUUUCUUUGCCAUUUUUAGUUUAUCAUAUAUUCAUCUUAUUAUUCAUUAUAAUCCUAAUCUAUUUCUCGUUGGUGUUUAAUUUUGUGUUAGAUGCUGUAUUGUCUUGAUAUGUAGAUGUGGGUGUCCAAUGGUCAUCCAUUUAAGUAAAUUUUACAAGAAUGUAAACCGUAAAUUUCUGCAGUCUGUGUUUGGUAUAAGAACACCAGCUAAAUCUACUUCAAGUCAGGUAGACCAUGAAGAACACAACUAAGAUUAUUCAAUAAAUCUUUAUUCUGUUUUACAUCA